GACAGAAGAGGGAAGGGGAACUAUCCGGUUAUUCUGAGUGUUCCUGACACACUUCACAGUAAAUACGUGAAAUUAGAUUUUCUUAAAUGCUGAACGUUUCUCUUUGAUGUAAUUUUGUCCUAUAAAAAGGGGGUUAAUUGGACUUGAGGACUUGUUGGCUCCUUUCUCCGGCUUUUCCAGCGCAGGCUUUUUUUGCGCACCUGAGUCCGCCUCUCAACAUGACUUUUACGCAUCUGAGCUGCUGAACUAUCAUGGUGACAUUACUAACUGGUGACAUGCCUGCCGUGGUGAGCCUCAAAUGCGAGAUAUUUCUCUGUGGAAUAACCACCGGAGUCCAGGUGUCAUCAGGGAGAGCUGAUGUGGCCGUUUGGAGGAGCGCACCAGUUUGAUGUCAGCUGGGAUUUGACAGAGCGCAGGAGUUUGGGAUGCAAGAGAAACCUUAGAGAGACAAUUCCCGGCUACUUUUACCUGGAUUCAACACGAGCUGCCCGGAGCCAUGGCCUCUGAGGUGGUGUGCGGGCUGGUUUUUAGGUUACUGCUGCCUAUGUGUCUUGCAGCUGCUUGCCUGUUCAGGUACAAUGCCCUGUCCUUCGUCUACCUCAUCUAUCUCCUGCUUAUCCCACUCUUUGCAGAGCCCACAAGCACAACAAUGCAGGGCCACACAGGGCGUCUGCUGCAGUCCCUCUGCUUCACCAGUAUGUCCUUCCUGCUGCUCCACAUCAUCUAUCAGAUUACCGUCAACAGCCUUCUGGCCGGGAACUCCAUCGCCUCUGACUUCAACUGUUCCACGUGGGAGAAAUCCAUAAGACAAAUUGGCUUUGAGAGUGUGAUUGGUGCAGAUGCAGGAAACGGCAUCCGAGUGUUCAUCCCUGACAUCGGCAUGUUUGUGGCCGGCUUGGCCAUCUGGCUGCUGUGUCGCAGUCUGGUCCAGAAGAGGCCGCCUGAGGACAUGGCCCAAUACAACGCCGACUUUGAAGCAGAAGAACAAGAAGAAGAGGAGAAGCUGAGCCUGGACGACAACAUCCUGCUCGAGGAGGACUUUGAAGCAGGGUAUGAGGCAGAGGAGGAUGAAGAGGAGGAGGAGGAGCUGUACGAGGAGGAAGAGGAGGAGGAGGAAGAGGAAGAGGAGAAGGAGAGCACCAAGAUGAAGAUCCUGCGGUUUGUGGCGCAAGUUGCGUCCAAAGUGAAGGAGAUUAUUGGGAACUUGAUCACCACUGCGGGGAAGGUGGUGGUCACCAUCUUGUUGGGCAUGACAGGUGUCAUGCUGCCCUCACUGACCUCGGCUGUCUACUUCUUCAUCUUCCUGUUCCUCUGCACCUGGUGGUCCCUCUGUCGGACCUUCGACACUCUCAUCUUCAGCUGCAUGUGCGUCCUGAUGGCCAUCUUUAGUGCUGGACACCUCAUUGUCCUCUACCUCUACCAGUUCCAGUUCUUCCAGGAGGCCAUCCCACCGGGCGACAGCUACAUCAGUUUUUUUGGCAUCUCCCCCAUUGUUCAGAGCAACUGUUCCUACACAUGGAAGCUCAUCGUGCACCCGGAACGUGAGUGGUAUCACUUUGUCAGUCCCAUCAUGCUGCUGAUUCUCUACUACACCCUGGCCACGCUCAUCCGCCUCUGGCUGCAAGAACCCAUCGACCAGUUGACGGACGACAAGGACGGCGAUAUGUGUGAGGAGGAAGAUCUGGAUGGAAACAGAACAAAUAACUCGGCCAACAGGAAGAGGCAGCUGUGGUGGGAGUCACGCCAGGGCACAGAUGAGAAAAACCUCCUCUCCACCCAGGAUGGCUUCAGUACAACUGAGGCUCUGCCCACUUCAAAUGGGACGUCCUUUGACUUUGUCACGACUGAGAAUGGACCAGUCUGCCUGGACUUGUACUCCACCCCCCAGUAUAAAAUGGAUCAGCCCAAUGACGGUACAGGGAAGAAGGAGGAGUGUGUGUAUGAAGUGUGUUUGCCUCCGGAGGAUUCAGCGUUGGAGGGAGGAGAGGAGAAGUCUGAGGAAGGAGAGGAUGGGAUAAAGGAAAGAGGAGUCAGUGCAAUGGUCAAAAUCUUCCACUUCGUCAUGAAACAGAGCUACAUCUGUGCUCUCAUAGCCAUGAUGGCGUGGAGCAUCACAUACGUCAGCUGGCUGACGUUUGUCUUCCUCAUCUGGUCUUGCAUGCUGUGGAUGGUGAGGGAUCGACGGAGAUACGCCAUGCUGUCUUCGCCCUUCAUGGUGGCCUACGGCAACCUGCUGAUAGUUCUGCAGUACAUUUACAGUUUUGAGAACCUAGACCCAGUCCCUGGUUUCUUUGUCAAGAAGAAAAACCCUUUCCACUCACUUUCAUCCAAGGUCCUGUGUCUGCUGAGCUUCUGGCUGCUGCUGAGACAAACGCUUACAGAGAAACGGGAAAAACAAAAGGAAGACAGUGCUGGUCUCUCAGACGUCCAUGUGGAAGAUCAGAAGAAGAAGGAGGAAGAGGACUCUGAGGAGGGAGGAGAGCAGGACAUCAUGCACGUUCUGGGCAACAUGGUCAUGGCUCUGCUGGUCAAAUACUGGAUUUACAUCUGUGGUGGCAUGUUCUUCAUCGUCAGCUUCGAGGGAACCAUCGUCAUGUACAAGAUCAUCUACAUGAUGAUGUUCCUCUCCUGUGUGGCGCUUUAUCAGGUGCACUAUGAGUGGUGGCGAAGGAUCCUGAAGUACUUCUGGAUGUCGGUGGUGGUGUAUACCAUGCUGGUCCUCACCCUGGUCUACACCUUCCAGUUUGAUCGCUCAUUGUCCUUCUGGUGCAACAUGUUGGGAAUGAGAAAAGAUGAUUGCAAAGAGCGCUUGGCGGAUCUGGGUCUGGAGAAGUUUGAUGUCCCCAAGCUGUUCACCAGGAUUUUCAUUCCUACCUCCUUCCUGCUGGUGUGUAUUCUCCACCUGCACUACUUCCAUGACCGCUUCCUCCAGCUCACUGACCUCCAGGCUGUAGUGGCCAAAGAGGAAAGCACUAUCUACAGCCACACUAAAGUCAAUGAACGUGUCUAUCUGAUCAUGAAUAGCAUCAAGCAAAAAAUUCCCACUCAGCAGAGCAAACUGGUGCACCAGGAUGGCAGCCUGGCAGACCUCACCAUGCUCAGCGCCAGCUCGGUGGACGCAACGCUGCAGAGAGAGGAACAGGAGCCGCAGGAGGAGCAGGAAGAGCAGGGGGAGUGGGGGACGGAGAAGGAGAAGGAGCAGGAGCAGACCCUGGUGGUGGUGAUGUCUGACACUGAGAUGACUGAGGAGAAGCCCAGGAGCCUGUCUGACCAGCGGCAGUCCAGUACAGACGAGAGCCACCACUGCAGCGCAGGGACCGAGCCAGAACCGAGCACCGAGCAGAGCUCAGAUCUGAAGAAUAAAUGGCACCUGGUGGUCGACCGUCUGACUGUGCUCUUCCUCAAGUUCCUGGAGUACUUCCACAAACUGCAGCUGUUCGUCUGGUGGUUACUGGAGAUCCACAUCAUCAAGAUCGUGUCCUGCUACAUCGUCCUGGUCUCUGUCAAAGAGGUGUCUUUGUUCAACUAUGUCUUCCUGGCAUCCUGGGCCUUUGCAUUGCCCUACAGCCAGUAUCGGCCCCUUGCCUCCAGUGUUUGCUCUGUCUGGACAUGUGUCAUCAUCGUGUGCAAAAUGUUGUACCAGCUGAAGUCUAUAAACCCACCGUCCUACUCCAAAAACUGCACUGUGCCAGGAGGCUACCCAAAGGACCAGGAGACUGAACUGAAGGAUAAAUCUCUGUUGUAUAAGGAACUAGUGGAUCCAGCCAACUGGGUGGGCCUGGAUAAGUCUGGUGACCUGCUGGGCUACCUCAGGAACAACCUCUUGAUGCUGGGUCUGUUAGCAUUCGAGGUGACCAUCUACCGCCAUCAGGAAUACUUCAGACUGAGGAACAAAUUGUCGCCUCCUGCUGCCAGGAUUAUCUUCCAUGAUAUCACACGACAGCAUCUGGACAUCGGCAUCAUCUGCUUCAUCAAAUACUUCAUCAACUACUUCUUCUACAAAUUUGGACUUGAGACGUGCCUGCUGCUGGUGGUCAAUGUUAUUGGGCAGCGUAUGGACUUCUACGCCAUGCUUCACGCCUUCGCCUUGAUUGCAGUCAUGUAUAGACGCAGGAGGAAAGCCAUCGCUGAGAUCUGGCCCAAGUACUGCUUUUUCCUGGCUUGCAUGCUGACUUUCCAGUACUUUAUCUGCAUCGGGAUCCCACCAGCAGCCUGCAAAGACUAUCCCUGGAGGUUUCCCAACUCUACUACAGACUCCAAUGUGGUCAAGUGGCUCUAUGUUCCAGAUUUCCUCACCCAACCCAAUCCUUCAUUUCUCAUCUAUGAUUUCAUGUUGCUGCUGUGUGCCUCUCUUCAGAGGCAGGUCUUUGAUGAUGAGAACAAGGCAGCAGUCCGCCUCAUGGCUGGAGACAACGUGGAGAUCUGCAGAGACCUGGACGCAGCCUCUUUUAGCGUCCACAACCCCGUCCCUGACUUCAUCCACUGCAGAUCCUACCUGGACAUGCUGAAGGUCAUCAUGUUUAGCUACCUGUUUUGGUUUGUCCUCACCAUCAUCUUCAUCACGGGGACCACGCGCAUCAGCGUUUUCUGCAUGGGCUACCUGGUGGCCUGCUUCUACUUCCUGCUCUUUGGAGGCGAGCUGUUGCUCAAACCAAUCAAAAAGAUCCUCCACUACUGGGACUUCCUGAUCGCCUACAACAUUUUUGUGAUCACCAUGAAGAACAUUUUGUCUAUCCUGGCUUGUGGCUACAUCAACUCUCUGAUUGAGAACCGGUGCUGGUUGAUCCAGUUGUUCAGUCUGGCCUGCACCAUCAAGGAAUACAACAUCAACAUCAGCAAAGCAAACGACAAGCUGUGUGAUCUGCCCAGCAAUGAGGCAGGGAUCAUCUGGGACAGUAUCUGCUUCGCCUUCCUGCUGCUGCAGAGACGAGUCUUCAUGAGCUACUACUUCCUUCACGUGGUGGCUGAUAUCAGAGCAUCACAGAUCCUUGCUUGCAGAGGGGCGGAGCUUUUCCAGGCCACGAUAGUGAAGGCGGUGAGAGCCAGACUGGAGGAAGAGCGCAAAUCUGUGGAGCAGCUGAAGAGACAGAUGGAGCGCAUUAAGGUGAGACAGCAAAAGUUUAAGAGGGGCAAGGAGAAGAUGCUGAGCAUGGCACAGGAGUCUGGAGAAGGACAGACCCUCGUCCACCCCGAGGAGGAUGAUGAUGAUGGAGCACAUCGAACGAAAGCCAAGACCAAAAAAAAGCAGUGGUGGAGGCCGUGGGUUGACCAUGCUUCCAUGGUUAGAAGUGGAGACUAUUACUUGUUUGAAACUGACAGUGAGGAGGAAGAGGAAGAGGAGGAGAAAAAAGAAGAGGACCAACCAAAGAAAUCAGCUUUUCAGCGAGCUAUUGGGAAGUUUGUCUCUGCUGUUCUGGCAUUGCCCAAGUCUAUCAUUAAGCUGCCUAAAACUAUACUGCAGUAUGUAGUCAAGGCAGGCAAGUUCCUUUAUCACGCCUGGAUCACAGACCCCAAAGCUGCCCUGAGGGCACGAGGCAAAGAGAAACGCAAAUUCUGGAAAAAAUACACCAAAGGAGUCAGACACAGGAAAAGCAAGAAAGAAGCAGGUCAUGUGACCAUAGACCUUGGUGAGCUCUCAGAUGGGCAAGAUAAAGGAGAGGAGAACAAGAAGUCUGAGGGUCCAGACAACAUCAUCAAGCGAGUGUUCAACAUCAUAAAGUUCACAUGGGUGCUCUUCCAGACGACGGUAGACAGCUUCACCAAGUGGAUGAAUGACAUGUGCAGGGAGUACAUCGACAUCUCCACUGUUCUGCGUAUAGAGCGCUGCAUGCUGACCAGAGAGGUCAAAAAGGGUAACGUGCCGUCCAAAGAGAGCAUCCACAUCUACUACCAGAAGGCCAUGAGGCUCAACAUGUCCAGGCAGGCCAGUAUGGAUCAGAUAAGUGAGGACGAGUCGGGCUCAGGCUCCACCAGGGUCCGAAGAAGGCGAGCCUACCCCAUGGAGAGCCAAGACUCCACAGCCUCCAGAGACAGCAUAUCCAGUGCCUUCACCGAGGCUACCACUCUGUUUUCUCGCCAAUCCACCCUGGAAGACCUGGAUGGAAUGCCAGAGUGCAUUCCCAAAACCAGCGAGCGUGCCAGGCCCAAACUGCGUAAGAUGUCCGGCCUGGACGUGUCCAAUUCAUCAAUGGAUAGCUGCAGCAGCUUCAUGUCCAGUGAAGCGACCCAGUGCAUCACGCUGUACUCCAGACAGGGCACCACAGACACCAUAGAAGAAGUGGAAGAUGAACACGAUCAAGGGGAAGACAAGCAGCAGCAGCAGCAGCAGCAGCAGCAGCAGCAACAGCAGCAGCAGGUUCUCUGGGAAUCCCAACAGCUGGAUGAGAGUGAGGGGGCUGAGGGCGGUCCAUGGAGUGAUGGAGAACCCGAUGUGAAAGAGGAGGAGGAUGUGGAGGAAGGUGGGAGUGAGGGUGAGGGCCAGAAGGAACUGGAGGGUGAGGAGGGAGUAGAGGUACCAAAGGACCAGGAGAGAGAAGACAGAGAAGAGGCUCCCUGGGACUCCUUUGGCCCAGAUGAGGGCCCCUCCCUCAGGCUGGAAGAGACAGAUUUUGCCCCCUCUGCCCAGGAAAAGGACUUCACCACUGAGAGUGAGGAUGGGGGAGGACAGCAGGACUUCAUGCAGACAGAGGGGCGAGUAGGGCUGCUCUACACCCCUGAUACAGAUGCUUCUAAAACAUCUGACGCUGACGUGCCUCCCAGCUACAGCAAGGCAGUCAGCUUCGACCGUCUGGAAGUUAGUGAUGACGAGAGUGACAUGGAUAGGAAGAGACGCAUGAUUAUGACCUCUGACAGCCGCUCAGACAGCAGGUCAGACAUCAUGUUGCCCUCUAUGACCACUGAGCUGACCGCCAGUGAACUGCUGCUCAACAAGAUGUUUUAUGACGAGGAGCUGGAGCAGUCAGAUAAGUUUUACCAAAAGCAGCCUCUGAUCCUCCAGCUCUGCUAUGCCCUCUACAACAUGCUGGUGGCCCACUCAGAGAUGGUGUGCUAUCUGGUCAUCAUCAUCAACCACAUGGUGUCAGCGUCCUGCGCCACCCUGGUCCUCCCCACCACCAUCUUCCUUUGGGCCAUGCUGUCAGUUCCCCGGCCCAGCAAGCGCUACUGGAUGACUGCCAUCGUUUACACUGAGGUCACCAUCGUCAUCAAGUACUUCUUCCAGUUUGGCUUCUUCCCCUUCAACCAGAACAUUAUGGAAAAGAAUAAACCAUAUCACCCUCCCAACAUCAUUGGAGUGGAGAAGAAGGAUGGUUACGUCCACUACGACCUGGUCCAGUUACUGGCUCUCUUCUUCCACAGAUCCAUUCUGAAGUGCCAUGGGCUAUGGGAUGAGGACGACACCAAAGAAAAGAAAGAGCCCUCUCGUCAGAGUGAGUCAGAGGACGAGGGGAAAGACAAGGAGGGGAGUGAGAAGGGGUCUGAACACGCCUCCUCUCUGAUCAGCGAGGGGAGAGGUUCCACUCACACCUUGAGAUCCCUAAACUUUGGGACCUCCAUUGAUUCAGGACAUGUCCAGGUGCACUACCCGCAACAGCAGACCUAUCAGCGGCGCAAGAGCUCCAGCGGAGGCUCGCACAUUUCUCACCGAUCUCUCCACUCUUCUGCAAGGUCUAAGAGAGGAAGUACCACUUCCCACAUCAGCAGCCACAAGGAUGGCAGCGAGGCCAGCGUCCAUCAGAAGACCCGCAAACAGAUGAUCAUGGAGAAACUGAGGGAGCAGCUCCUCAAAGGAAAAGCUUUCAUCAUUAAGCGGUUCAUGGAGAUCUACCUUCCUAUGAGGCAGUUCUUCUAUAACUUGAUCCAUCCAGAGUACAGUGCAGUCACGGACGUCUAUGUCCUGAUGUUCCUCGCUGACACAGUCGACUUCAUCAUUAUUGUCUUUGGAUUCUGGGCAUUUGGUAAACAUUCAGCUGCAGACAUCACGUCGUCCCUGUCGGAGGAUCAGGUGCCGGGACCUUUCCUGGUCAUGGUACUGAUCCAGUUUGGGACCAUGGUGGUGGACCGUGCCCUCUACCUCAGAAAGUCCGUCAUGGGCAAAGUCAUCUUCCAGGUCAUCCUGGUCUUUGGCAUCCACUUCUGGAUGUUCUUUAUCCUGCCAGGAGUCACAGAUAAGCGUUUCAGCGAGAACACAGUGGCUCAGAUGUGGUAUUUUGUCAAGUGCAUCUACUUCGGGCUGUCAGCCUAUCAGAUCCGCUGUGGUUAUCCCACCCGCGUUUUGGGAAACUUCCUCACCAAGAGCUAUAAUUACGUCAACCUCUUCCUGUUUCAAGGAUUCCGUCUGGUGCCGUUCUUGACGGAGCUGCGGGCCGUGAUGGACUGGGUUUGGACCGACACCUCGCUGUCUCUGUCCAGCUGGAUCUGUGUGGAGGACAUCUACGCUCACAUCUUCAUCCUCAAAUGCUGGAGAGAGUCUGAGAAGAGGUAUCCCCAGCCACGAGGCCAGAAGAAGAAGAAGGUGGUGAAGUAUGGGAUGGGAGGGAUGAUUGUAAUGCUGCUGAUCUGUAUCGUCUGGUUCCCGCUGCUCUUCAUGUCCCUUGUGAAGUCUGUAGCUGGAGUUGUCAACACACCGCUGGACGUGUCGUUUGAAAUCACCCUGGCUGGCUUUCAGCCCAUCUUCACCAUGAGCGCUCAGCAAAAACAACUGCAUAAUGUCUCAACAGCACAAUAUGCAGCCUUUAUGGAUUUAUACAGGAAAGACGAUGAAGCCUUGCAGUGGCUGGAGGGCUACUUAGCACCAGACCUGAUCAUUGCUGAGCUGAAAGGCAGUUCCAACUCUCUGUGGACCAUCAGUCCGCCCAGCAGAAACAACCUGAUAGAGAUGUUGGGCACUGACGAGGAGUUCCCCAUCACGGUGGCCUGGUCUGUGCAAAGAAACCUCACUUUUGGUGCCAAGGCUGAGGUAGCGUCAGGAAAACGAGUGAGAAAUCUAGAUGUAAGCACAAAGAAGGAUCUCAUAGCGCUCCUAAAAGGGCAUGUUAACAAGCCAGUGAUCCUAAGAGAGAUCUUCCCUCGUUAUAUUCGAGCCCCCAGUGACUCGGAGGCCAAGUCUGUUGAUCAGCUUUAUAAAGAUGAAAAGCUGUUCAACAUAUCACUGACCUUGCGAAGUAAGAACGUCGCAGAUCAGACUCAGGAAUGGUGGAUCGUCAACCAGUUAGAGCCUGGACCCUUAAAAAAGGCUUCAAAUAAGAAUGAGUCUGGCCUGGAUCUCUACGUGUUCAGUGACCAAGUCAGCCCGCCCAGUUUGGGCUUUCUGGCAGGAUAUGGGAUCAUGGGCUUGUACGCCUCUGUGGUCCUGGUCAUUGGCAAGUUUGUGCGUGAGUUUUUCAGCGGCAUUUCCCACACCAUCAUGUUUGAGGAGCUGCCCAACGUGGACCGCAUCCUCAAGCUGUGCACCGACAUCUUCCUGGUCCGAGAGACCGGGGAGCUGGACCUGGAGGAGGACAUGUACGCCAAACUCAUCUUCCUCUACCGCUCUCCAGAGACUAUGAUCAAGUGGACCAGAGAGAAAACGCAGUGAUGGGGGAUGUUAACUAACGAAGCCUGGAGCUUUUUUCGAACAGGAGCCGCUCAUUCAGAAAAACUGGGCGGUCGCUCUGACGGUCUGAGCAGCUAUUUCAGCCAAUUCACCUGCUGAGGGAGCACAAAGUCAGCUGAGGACCAACUGUGUCCUUUUCAACUGAGCUCUGACGGCAGUGAUGCAGCUCCAUGCUAAAAUGCUUGAGAUAUAAACUGGUAUUUUCUACUGUUUACUGUUGAAAAACAACGAUUGCAGUCAUAUUAUGAACUAUUGAGGACAGAUUUGCUGGUGCUGUAUUUAUCUCGCGUAACCUGGUUCAGCUUGGUAUCCAGUGGGUAAAAUAAGCAGCUGGUGUCCAGUUGGAGGGGGAGAAAUCUUAUAGGACAGUUUUCCUAAGUUAUAAAAAGUCUUAUACUUAUUAUAACGGUAUGUUUUUAAACACAAUGCCCAGAAUCCUCGUCGCUCUUCACGCUCUGCCUCUAACAUUUUCACAAUCGCACUGUAGGCGGAGAGAAACAGACUGCAACAUUAAUCUUUAAGGGCUUCCCACCAACAAAAAAGUGCACAAUAACGACCACAUGAGCACACUCUCAUAUUUUCUCCCGACUGGAACACUUGGACUGUGGGACUGUGCAAUAUUGAGCUCUCGUUCCUCCAAGUUUUCAAAGGAUGUGGAUCGAGGGGAAAAAGGCCGUUUCUGACCAAGAAACAUGAACGUUAAAAAACAACUUUUUUAUUUUAUUUUUUUUAAAGGUCAGAGGCCACAUGGGAGCCCGCUGAGAGACACAGCUCAGCAAACAUUAUCAGACAAUCUUUACUCGCCUUAUUUUGUUUGUAUGAGAAGAACUGUUACCAACUACAUACAUAUCUUUCUCAGGAAGACCUGUUUUCACAGAUAUUCAUUGUAUGAGUCAUAUGUUACAAUAUGUAAGCUUUGAUGGAUCUAAAAGAAUAUGAGACUGUAGCAAAGAUGAACUAUUUAAAUGGCAUGAAAUUUAAUGUGGAUAUUGUUCAGAUGGACUGAUACUGAGUACGUGUACUGCACAGGGAAACAGUUCAAGGCUGUAAUAUGAAAGUAAAUUUAUCGCUGUGGACCGUUUCCUUCACAGAGAUUUAUUGCCAAUCAUCCGUGUUUCUGAAUCAUCUACAGGUUGGCUAGAGUCGAGACCAGCAGAGGGCUGUUUCUGAAUCAGGGUAACUUGCAUUAGGUGGUAGAUUCUUGCACAUCACUUGUGAACCUCUCGCUGUUUUUAACAUUCAUACUGAUGAACACUGUGGCACGUCGCGUGCAUCCGGUCAUCAAGGAAGAAACGAGCAGACACACAAAAAAAGAUUCCUCACGUGAAGGGCUGAAACAUGAAGCCCUUUGGUCCAAACUAUGCAUUAGAGGACAUUGUAGCAUGAUAGAAAAAAAAAACUUCAUUAUUGCCAUGACUAAUUUUCAUUACAUGUACAUAAAAGUUGAAGAGGGUCAGGUCACGGUGGAUUGAAAUGUGAAAUUGUACCUGUAUGUUUAAGGCAAUGUGGUAUGAUAGAGGUCCAGAGAUCUGCAAAUAAAACAUCUGGAAAGGUGUCGAGUUUUGCAUUCAGCUGCAGUUUGCUUGUGCAGAAGGACUGUGAGUGAGCAGGCACGGAAUCUGUGUGUCGGUCAACAGUGUUUCAACGACAGCUGCAGCGGAAGAUGAGACCCUGUGAUCUGAAGAUGGCCUCCAUCACCAACCAACUCUGUCAUUAGUCCUAUUUCUUUUACUUAUACUUUAUUUUAAUUUGAAAAUAUCAGUUUCUCUCUGUUUUUGUUUGCUCACAAUUUUUAUUGAAGGUGCAACAAUAGUGCAAAGUUACAGCGCUCUAAUACACAGUGUGAAUGGAUGGUAAAGGAGAAUAAGUGCAUCAGGAAAUGAAUAAAAUAAAUACAAUAUAUAAUAAAUAGGGGAUAUAAGUAGUGACAAUAGGGGAAUAAUCACAUGAAUAUUAAGAGUUGGAGGUACAUUAAAUCAGUGCAGCCCAUCAUAUACAUAUUUGCAUGUACGGUAUACACCGGACACAUGCCCGUGCAUGCACACAUCACCAUCGAUCUAGAUAGAUAGAUCAUCAGCAUCAUUACUACACAGGUGUGCCUUGGGAUGGUCACAUUGUGUGAGACCAACCCCCUGAACAGCUGAUACCACAGGAUUGUUGGUGAAGAUUGUCAGUCAUCCAGGUCAUGGUAAGUGCUAUAUCGUAGGCAGCUGGGUUUGCUUGAGAUUCUGGAAGACGAUUCACCUCUUUCACCCUCAGCUCUGAAGAACUGAAGAAGCCUCUUGGAUGGUAGGGAAACGUCUACAAGAAACUUAAGCAAGUCCAGUUGCCUACGAUACAGUAUUUAAGGUCUCCGGUAUUGUUUCCCUGAAAUUGGCAGCACAUCCAACCAGCCUCACAACUGCACAAAUCAGUUACAAUAAUGAACUGCUGUCAGGUCAAGACCCUGGUGAGGACAAUGACGGUGCAGAUGAGCUGUUCGCGUGGCUAGUCUCAGAGGAUCCUGCAGGUGGAGACACUAGAUGUGGAGGUCCUGAGCUGGUGUGGUUACAUGUGGUCUGUAGGUGUGAGGGCGGUUGGAUGUACUGCCAAAUCCACAGAAACGAUAUAGGAGAAGGCCUAUUUGAGUGAAAUGAACAUUCAGUUCACAGGCAACAGCUCUGGCGGACAUAUCUGCAGUCAGCAUGCCAAAGGUACGCUUCCUAAAAACUUGUAACAUCUUACAACACAGAUUUAAACAAAUAUGUAACCAAAAUGUGACAGAAAUAUUGGCCUAUCUAUCUAUUCAUGAAUAAAAGUCUUAGACCUGUAACUUAAACCUGUGAGCAAAAAAGUGUUGCCUUAAAUUUUUGUUCAGAAUAUAAAAAAAACACAAGCACUUACAUACAAAUUGAAUGAUAUAAAGUGAAAAAGUUAAAUAGUGUGCCCCUUUAAACAUCUGCAUGCAUUUAAUAUGCAAAUUGCUAUAUGGUGUGCAAAAAGGAUUUAAAUUAUGAGAAAAGAAAUGUCUUGCCCGUUGCCAGAGUUACACAUACUGUAAUUGUGAGUCCAGUUUGAGUUGAUCACUCAAUCUUUUUCACAGCAGACAUUUUGACUUGCCAUGGCAGGAAAAGCACAGAUGUGAUAGAUAACAUUAAAAAACACGACUGCAUUCAAUUU